AUGUCGUCAAUCGAAUGCUCGUUGAAUUUCAACAUCGCCAGCAUCCCCGUCAUCGUGCUGCGCCGCGCAAAGAUGAAAACACGGCAGAAGUUCGCCGUCGGGUCCUUUCUCUGUCUCUCGCUCGUCAUGGUCGCCAUGGCCGUCGCCCGUGUUAGCAAGAUGCAUGGUGUUACCGCGAUGGACAUUCCGUACGAGUACUUCUGGCAAUACCUUGAGGCAGCCGUCGCGUUGCUCAUGGCGUCACUCACAUCGUUCCGUACCUUCUUUGUGAUUGCCAAGCAGCGAAAACGCUAUCAAGAGCGCAUGAAGCGGCCGUUGUACUCAUUCCGGGAAUUUCGAUCUCGCUUCGGCGGGCGACGUCACGAAGAAGACGUCGAAGGAACGGAGCUUCCCGAAAUCCCGCGAGCAACGAUGACGGGCAUGUGGACGUACAUCCACAGCAACAAUCGCAUAGCGGUGGCGGGCACGGUGGACGACACGAGCUUGAUGCUGUCGCAGCAAGAGCCGCUAGGCAGCAGCGGAUGCAGCGCACCGAGCAGCUUUAUCGCAGAACCGGGCAGCCUCAUGCUACGAAGCACGAGCGCAAGGUCGUUGAUGACUCGGGUUGCAGCAACCUAGGAUCAGCAACUCAUACGGUUCACCUGCGUGCACGCCAUUCCCCUAGGUAUCCCUUACUCUCCCUUUCUCUUCCUUACCGAGUUGUGGUGCUUCCUUGCUGCCAAGGGAACGACCAAGGGAGCGCCCUAAGGGAUAGUUCAUCUCGUUCCUCUAUAUAGUCCGCCUUUACGGCAUCUACAAUACAACAGAGUUCGCAUCAAUUUCAACCUGAGUUGAUGUAACUAUGUUGUACCUAGGGUGAGGAGAUGUUGGGAACUUGGCAG